UCCCAUCUGGGUAUCUCUAAUUUCAUCCAUAUUUGUUGAAAUAAAUCUAGUUAUGGAUUUCCAAAGAGAUGGGAUUUUACCGGACGAGGUGGUCCUUCAAAUCCUGGCAAGGUUACCGAUUAAAUCUCUUUUUAGGAGUAAAACUGUGUGUAAACUUUGGUGUAGAUUGUCUUCUGAUAAAUAUUUUGUUCAACUCUACAACCAAUUAUCUUCCAAGAAUCCCAUGUUGUUGGUUGAGGUUUCUGAGUCACCACAGCUGAAAUCUAGCUUGAUUUGUGUUGAUAAUAGAUUGGGGGUCUCUGAAUUUUCCUUGAAUUUUUUGAAGGAUAGAGUUAGGAUUAGAGCCUCUUGUAAUGGUUUGUUGUGUUGCUCUAGUAUUCCUGAUAAGGGUGUUUACUAUGUCUGCAAUCCCAUGACUGGUGAUUAUAAGAUUCUUCCUAGGAGUAGAGAGAGGCCCGUCACCCGGUUUCACCCUGAUGGCGAGGCGGCUCUUGUAGGCUUGGCCUGCAACUUGUCCACUCAGAAGUUCAAUGUCGUUUUAGCCGGCCAUCACCGCACUUUUGGGCAUAGGCCUGAUGGGACCUUCGUGUGUUUGGUGUUUGAUUCUGAGUCAAACAAGUGGAGGAAGUUUGUGUCCUUUCAGGAUGAUCAGUUCAUGUUCUCCCAAAUGAACAAAAACCAAGUGGUGUUUGUCAAUAAGGCGCUUCAUUGGUUGACUGGUAGUAGUAGUUCUUGUGUGCUCGCGCUUGAUUUGGAUGCUGAUGUUUGGAGGAGGAUGUCAUUGCCGGAUCAAGUGAGUGAAGGGUCGGGGAAUAGACUCUACUUGUCGGAACUAGAUGGUUGUUUGUCUGUGAUCCAGAUCUCCGAUACUUGGAUGAACAUAUGGGGUUUGGAGAGCUAUGAGAAAGAGGAAUGGAGUUUGGUGGAUAGAGUGAGUCUAAGGUGUAUCAGAGGACUUGUGCCGGGUAUUUUCCCCAUAUGUCAGAGUGGUGAAUUUGUUUUCUUGGCAACACACAAGCAUGUAUUAUUGUACCACCGCAAGAGCCGAGUGUGGAAAGAGAUGUACUCUGUGAAGAAUAGCUCCACACUCCCAUUGUGGUUCUCAGCACAUGCAUUUCGGGGCACAAUUCUUUCAUGUCGUUGAAGUUGUGUAGUGUACUUCAUUUGGCAGGGAGCACCAUUAUUCGUUACUACUAAUGAUGCAUCAGAUCUUUGGUAUAUAUUUGUUUGUACAUAAGUUGUCUGCGAAGAAUUGAACGUUCAAUGGGCAGUUAUUUUGUUAAUACUUUCAUGAUUAUUUAUAGUUGUACUAUACCAUGAAAAUUUAGUUCCUUCGUUUUGAUUUUAUUCAACAGCCUGUUGCUACACAUUUCAACCUUGUAAUGCUAAACUUAUUGUAAAUUGGUGUUCUUCAUGUUUCUUAUU